CCAACGUAAACAAAGCCACUCGGGUUAUAUUUACGGAAGCCUUUUCGAAAGUUCAUGUUAUCUUAUUUAUCUAAGCCUUUCAAGUAAUGAUGAAAAAGUUAGAAGGGUUCAUUAUGAGGUGAAUAUAUCGAACCUAUUGGAAAAGGCCAAACCCAAGUAGCUUGUGCAUAAAGAAUAUUUGUGGAUUCAUAAAGUGGCUGAUCCCUUUUCUGUUAAUACUGUGUUAAGAAAAUACUUACAGUGCUAUCAUGAGUGAAAUAUUUUUGUUUCUGACCUAGAAUCAAUAGGGAAAACAGCAUGAAAAAUAUAAAUAUGGAACAACAACCGUGGAGAAACUAACCAGUAAAAAAAGGAAAAUGAAAAAAAGGAAAAAAUAUAUAAUUGCACAAAUGUAAUGUGCUUUUAUUUUUAGUUCUCACAGUAAAUGAAUAUUCUGUUGAUCUAUCGAAAGUGUUUAAUUUUGGAUUGACAAUUGUCAUAAUGGAUCCGCAGUCCCAAUUUAGCCUGUCUCAUAUACUCGGUCAAGCUGUGGAUGUUACCAGUUACAGUACUUUUCAACAUCAGCUUCAUGGCUAUGGAAAUAUCAAUACUAUCAGUAACAUAGCCAACAUUAGCAACUCAACAGUCACAUCAACUGGCCAUCCUGUAAGUAUACAGGACAUGGUGCCAACAGGCCAGGUAGGAGGUUCUGGCAUGGUAACCAUGGGAUAUGCACAUCAUCCACAGCCAACAGCACCAUUACAGUCAUACCAUGCAGUGUUCAACAAUGUGGGUGUUGCUCAUGUAAAUCAGGUACAGGCACCACAAGUACAGUACUUCUCAUAUGAAAGUUCAACUGUUGCUGUACGGACCCCUCCACUUCAUGCCUCGCAACACCCACAAGUAACUGCUCAGACAGCGAACAUUCAGGGGCAGAGAUAUGGAAGCUGUAGCCUGCCUGUUCAAGUGGUGACGUCAAGUGUACCUGUUAGUAAUAAGCUCACAGUCUCAAAACCAAGAACUAGUGAUAGUUCAUCUUUAAAAAGAGAAAAUGAUGGUUUGAAAAAGAGAAAGCUAAGGAAGGAGGGAAUAAGUGCCAAAGUGGCUCGAAAGUCUUGCAGGAACCGAGGAGAAUCUUACAUUAAUGCCGCUGGAAAACUUGUUGAAGCUAAGAAAUUUGUGGAUAAAGAUUGUGAGUGUAAGAAUAAGUGCCUCUCCAAACUUGGUAGUGUAACAGAUAGAGAAAAUGUAUUUAGAAGCUUUUGGGACAUUGGUGAUUUUAGUAAACAAAAUACAUAUCUUGCUGAAAAUGUAACACUUGUACCCAAUGUCAAGAAAAAACAGACAAAACCAUUGGAAGAGAAAAAUUCAAAAACGGUAUCAAGAAUUUAUUAUGUUCGUUUACCGAACUGCAGCAAACAAACGCGUAUAUGCAAGACAAUGUUCCUGCGUCUCCAUGGUGUCUCCAAUGGCCGACUGGACCGCAUACUUCAGGCUGUGAAUUGUCAAAUGCCAGAUGCUUUACAGGACAAGAGAGGCCAACAUACGCCAAGCAACAAGACUUCCCAGGAGGAUUGUGACCUUGUGACGCAGCACAUCUGGUCAUUGAGGUACAGUCGAGAGGAGGGGGGAGAAAACCCCAUCCACAAUAUAGGGGAUCUCGGUGAAACAGCGGGAAAGGACUUGUCUGUCAAAAAGAUGUAUGAGAUGUAUAAAAGAUGGUGUGAGGAAAGGGGGAAAGUGCCAGUUAGUCUGUGGGUGUAUCGACACAUUGAAAAGUCUUGGACCAGCAAAAAGAGUGCGUCAGCUAGAAAUCCCCCAGUGGCUGUGGAUGUUUUACCGACUUCUGCUCCCAGUGCUCUGAAUGAUGGCCCUGAGCAGACUAGAGAACAAGUGCCAGUGGAAGGACAAGGAAUGCCUGAACCCAGUAGGAAAAAGAGAAGCGGAGAACAAGUGGGCUCCAUGACGAGGCUAGAGAGAAAAUUCAAGAGGAAUAGUGGUGCAGCAUAUUACACUGCAGCAGGGAAACUGAAAGAAGAAAAACAUUAUGUGGAUAAACAUUGUGGUUGCAAGUAUCGGUGUAUACCAGAGAUAGGCUCUGAAGACUCACGGAGACAAGUGUUCAUGAAUUUUUGGAAAUUUGGAAACUUUACAAGGCAAAAUGAGUAUAUUGCACAGAAAGUUGUGUUAGUACCUGUCAUGCAAAGAGAAAGAGACAAAGUGGCAGAAAAAUUCACAAGAACAUAUACAAGGAUAUAUAAUGUCCAAAUGAAGCCAGGUGAAAAACCAGUCAGAGUCUGCAAAACAGCAUUCCUGCAGCUGCAUGGGGUUUCCAAUGGUCGAGUGGAUCGCGUGCUACAAGCUGUGGCCUGUGAAUCUCCCUUUGCCUUGAAAGACCGACGAGGUAACCACUCACCCAAAAACAAGACAAAACAAGAGGACGUAGAUUACAUCUGCCAGCAUAUCAAGGCCUUUCCUAUUGAUCCCCAGAAUGAAGAGGCUAACAACAGACCUGCCCUUCCACAGGAUCUCAAUGUUGAGAAAAUGUACCGCAUGUACAAACAGCAAUGCGUUCAAGAUAACCGGGCACCUGUUAGUAGCUUUGUAUACAGAAAAAUUUUGAAAGAAAGGUUUAAUUGUUUUAUUAAAAGUCCUGCCAACAAAACGCCGGAGGAUGAUUUCCAGUUUGUGUGUCAUCAUAUUGAAACUUGUUCAAGAAACAUGACAGGCUCUGAUGCUGGAGAGUUAAGUACAAAGCAGUCCGACAAAAAUAGCAACCCACAAGAAAUCAGUGUGAGGAAAAUUCAUAGCGAUUAUGUGUUGCGGUGCAAUGAAGAAGGAAGGAAGCCUGUGGGCAUUGAUGUGUACAGGAAGAUAUUCAAUUCCAAAUUCCAAGAACAGCAUGACAUUCGGACUUCUUGAAAGAUAUCAUGUAUCUUUAUUUCCGAUUUUAUAGAAAUUAUUUUGGUGAAGGAUAAAUAGCAGUGAAGUUUGUUGCAAAGUUUAUUUGGAUUUACUAAAUGAUAUAUCAAUCAGUAUCAAGUGAAAUUGCCUGUAAAUCCAACCAGAGACUGCUAAAUUUCAUCAUAAUCUGUAAUCAAAGAAUUUUUUUGUAGUAUUUCAAUGGAAUUCAUGAUACUGGGUCAUCUUAUUUCUGUGUUAUCUUCUUCCAGCAGAUAUCUAUUUUUCUUUCAUUUUUGUUUGUACAAUUAUUCAAGAUAAUAAGAAACUUCAUAGUCAACAUUUAGUAUUUUUGAUAAAUAGAAAAUUAAACCCAAGUUCUUUGUGGAAUUAACAGUCAAGUGAAUUAAUAAAAUGUUUUGAUUACGGAAACAAGUACCUUCUCUAGCAGUGCAUAGCAGUGGCAAGAUGUUUCUAUUUUAAAUCACAAGCACUUUCUAUCUAUAUUCAUAAAUAUGCCAAUAUACUGGCUUAUAAAUAAUAUAUAAUGAUAUAAUGGAGAGUUCCAAUCAUAUAUUUUCCAUGGGUACCUUAAUAAUCAGAUUGUACUGUACUGAUUACUAUGAAAAGUUAUCAAAAACUGCAAUUGAUGUUAGUAGCUUCACAGAAACACUUGAGAAUUAAGAAUACAAUAAAGUCCAUAUUUUUA